AUGACAGCUGGAAUGGGCACCUUUGGUGGUUCUGUGCUUGAGCAGCUCAGCGACGGCGAGAGCGCCUCAUCGCCCAAAGCAGACAGGUGUCGCCAAGCCUUUCGGCCUCAUCGGGUCAAGGCAGCAAGCCGAGCUGUGUGCUCCGGCCGCAAUCAGGACGCUCAUUGGCCACAAUGUAUUAUUAGCGAUGCGGACUCUCGCGUGGUCGUCCGCUGA